AUGGUCACAAACUCGGAAUCUCCAGCUCGCCCAGAGAAGCGACGCCGGCUAGAGCGCGUUACGGCCGCUUGUGAUCUCUGUAAAAAGCGCAAAGUCAAAUGCGACGGAGCACAGCCAUGUGCUUAUUGCAGCCGAAAGAAUCGCGCAGCGACAUGUACAUUCGCCGCAUCUGGAGCCCGUGGCCAAGUACAAUCCGCUAGCCAAACUCCAGGUAGCCCGAGAGUAGUUGGUAGCGCAAACGCGCCACAUCAAUCACCGAGUCGCAAUGGUCGUACGGAGACUAGUGCGCCCGAGGGGCUUCACGAUACCGGGGCCUCGCUUUCACCUACUGCCAGUAGGGACGACCGUCAUGAAGACACAGUUGUGCCAUUGGAGGGGCGCAUUCUGAGUGACGCGCUAGGGAAGGGCAUCUUCAUUGGCGACUGCGCUCCGCUUUCAUUCUUACAGACUGUGAGAUAUCUUAUAGCGUCUGAGGUUGACCCAGAGGGGUUUCCAAUACAUGCUGUUCGGGACUCAAUCAUCGAGGUUGCCCCCAUAGAACUAGAGGACCAACAACACACUCCUUCAGUGAACCCAGACGAGAUUCAAACCCUCCUUGAACAAUAUGAUGUGGCCACUAGCGGACUUGUGGAUCUGUUUCAACACGAUGAAUUACUGAGCGAGAUGAAGACGUGGGCCAGUGGUCAUACAUCGCACUCAGAUGACGCCACAGCUGCAGUUUUCUAUCUCGUACUUGCAGUUGGUGCGCAAGAAAGCCGCGAAGAAAAGGCCGAAGCAUGGUUCAGGCAUGCGAAAGAACUUCUUCUCAAGCACAUGUGCAAUAGCAUGAAUGUGUCUACAGUACAGGGCUUCACCCUAGUGGCAAUAUUCAUGCUUCGAGCGUUCCAACCGAAUGGGGCAUAUCUGUAUUUCUCACUGGCAGCUCGUACUGCUUAUGCGAUCGGCAUCCACCGAACUGAAGUGAACGCUUCUUUUGGUGGGUCAAUAAGAAUAAUUCGAGAUCGCAUUUGGAAGAGCCUACGCGUAGUAGAUAUGCUGAUUAGCAGCGUAUUGGGCCGCCCACCGUCAACUUCAGAUGUGGACUGCACCGUCAAAUACUGUGUUGCAGAGACGGGAGGUCAAGCAGGUGUCAAAAUGUUGGACGCAAGCGUGCAGAUCUUCAUGAUCAUUGAACGCGUCGUAGUGGAAGUCUACUCACGCAAGCGCAUUUCUCUGCGGAUCGCCAACUACGUUUCCCGACAACUGAAAUCAUGGGCAUCAACUUGGCUGCAAGUCUUGACUGAAAUCACGACCAGUUCGAUCCAGGGUAGUUUCUCACAGGAAAAGGUUGUUGGUGCUUGUGCUACGCUGUGUUCUUACUACUAUGGCAUCAUGCUGCUGACACGUCCAUUCUUGAUAUACGACUUGUACGAGUACAUGGGUGCUUCUUUGAAAGGUGGCGGCUCGCAAAGCGACCAUCAGCACAAAAGGAAAUACGCAGACGCCGCGCUUGAUGCCGCUUCGUCAUUCGUGGAAACUCUAGAGGCUGUGAUCUACGCAGGGAAACUGCCACGAAGGAUGCCACUCAUAGUAUCUUGGCUCUUUACUACUUCACUUGUCCUGGCGGUUGGCGCUCUCGGUCGUUCAGGGCUUACUUUUGCGGACAACUGCAAAGCGUCAAUCCGCUGUCUGGAAUACUUCAGCGACGUCGAUCCGACUGCUCGACAAUACUCACUCAUUGUUCAGUCCUUACUCAAAACCACAACUGCACAUAUCAACAAAAGGGAGCAGCAUUUACGCUUGCAACGAAAACAAGCUUCAUCUCAGCUAUUCGGGCUUUUGUCUUCUAAUCCCGAAGUGAUGCGUCAUGAGCAGGAAAACGAUACAUCCGAGACAAUAGUCUCACAUGCGCCACGACCCGAUCUUUCCUCUACCUCAACUCCCUAUGAUUGGACUAUCUACGAUGCGGACUUCUUCGCCUUGCCAUGGUCGAACGAGAUUGAUCAAGGCCUACAAGAUUUUCUCCAACCUGGCACCCUGACCCUAGAUGGUGCGUCCAUCGCUGAUAUACCGCUUUUCCCCAUAUAUGACCAGCAAGUGGGUGGUGGCAGCUUCCUCUGA